ACUUCAUUUCUCACCGAAGAAGCAAUUUCAUUCAAAUCCGAAGUUUAAUUAUCAUCAAAUCUCUUUGUUAAAAAUGUCAGGUCGUGGAAAGGGAGGGAAGGGAUUGGGAAAGGGAGGAGCAAAACGACAUCGUAAGGUCCUUAGAGAUAACAUUCAGGGCAUUACUAAGCCGGCAAUUCGUAGGCUUGCUCGUAGGGGUGGUGUGAAGCGUAUAUCAGGUUUGAUCUACGAGGAGACACGUGGAGUCCUCAAGAUCUUUUUGGAGAAUGUUAUUCGUGAUGCUGUUACCUACACUGAGCACGCUAGGAGAAAGACUGUUACUGCUAUGGAUGUUGUCUAUGCCCUUAAGAGGCAGGGCAGGACUCUCUAUGGUUUUGGGGGUUAGGGGUUAGAGUUUAUGGAUUAGUUAAUGUAGAUUUUAUGGAAAUUUCUGCUGCUUUAGUGUUAUUCUAGAUCUGGUUCUUAAGUUCCAGAUAUUGUAAUUUCUCCUUACAUAUCGAAGAAACAAAGUAGAAAUUACAGUGGUUCUUUUCCAGCUGA